GCUCUGUGUGAGGAUGUUUUUGUUUCUUUCCUUCCCUCCCUCGCGCUGUCAUUCGUAGGUGAGCUAAGCGACUUACCCUUCGUAACACUCUUUUUUUUCCAAACCGUGUGGAACAACAUCUGAGGUGAAUGUCAGCAAAGUAUAUCAGUUUGUAACUGUCAGCACCCCUUCACAAUGUCCUCACUUUCUUCAAAAGGAUAUCAGAUGUGUGAGAGGCAAAGGACAGUUUUAAUCUUAAGCAACAUGACAGUCAAAUCACACUGCAUGCAUCAACGCACGCCAACAGGAUCUCUAUGGACCAGCGCAUACUGCGUAAGACAGUACAGCUCUAAAUUCCAACACAACUACCUCACAAGAACUCAUCCAAUGGACAACAGGAGGCCCAAAUCCCACAGGUUCCACUCUUGCCUGAUGUUUCGCUUUAAGGAUCGAGUGAGGAUGGACCAGAGGCAACCUAUAGGGGACAUCCAGGCAGAAAACACAGAGAGCAGACUAAGGGAACUGGCCCUUAAGUGGUUUACUGAGACACAGGCUCCUCUCAUUCUACAUAACGGGAAUUUUCCAGAAUGGUUCCAAGGAUUCAUAAACAGAAAGGAUGCAGAGGAGCAUUUAAAAGACAAGGAACUGGGCUGUUUCCUCAUUCGGCUCAGUGAUAAAGCCACUGGAUACAUUCUGUCAUAUAAAGGUCGUGAUCGAUGUCGGCACUUUGUCAUCAAUCAGAAUAAAGUGGGACGUUUCAUUGUGACUGGCGACACAGAGAUGCAUGAUACACUGACCAGCCUCAUUGAAUAUUACACAACAAACCCCAUUGAGCCUUUUGGGGAGUAUCUGACACUGUCAUGUUUUGAGUCUUCCACAAGUGACCUGUACGACGUGGUUCAUUUUGACCUGAGGGAAAAGCCAGGUGUGAGUGUGAAAUCUGUGAAGGAUAUUUGGGAACAUAAGUGUGAAAAAACCAAUGAGAUUCUGCUGCCUCCAGCCCUGCCGCCCAAAGGCAACAGAAACACACAGUCAGUACCUCCAGUGCCAAGAAAAGGACCUCCUGUAAAAUCUGCCUCCUUGGAAAUCAAACACAGCCCAGAAAGUGUGCUGUAUACUCAAGUAGCCCCACAUAGGCCCAAAGAAAGAGCCAGAACUCCCACUGAGGACAUUUCACUUACAGCUCUUAGGGUCAACCAGGGAGAACACCUCAAAGCCCUAAGACUACAGAAAAACCCUGACACAAACAAAAGAACUAUAUACUCCGAACUCAUAUUGCCAAACUGCAGAAGUCAGUCCUUGCCUUUCCUGGAUGACACUGAACAAGACAAACACUUCUACAGGAAAAGACAACCCCACCUGUCUUCUCACUUACAGAGGGUAAAGCUCAGUAAUCCACCAAUCAGCAGGUUGCCAGGUCUAAGCAACAGUCUGGACAAGCUAAGCAAUACAUCUCUCUAUACACUAGCUGGAACACCUGGCAACCAAAGCGUAGUAGGGCAGGGAAUGCCAAUGUUCAACAGGCAAGAGAAUGAUGCUAUGUAUGCUGAGGUGUCUCUUGAAGCCAUUCUUAAUCACUUCCACGUGGAUAACACAUACGAGCAGAUUCCAGAUGCAUGUCCUAUAGCCAGAGCCGAGGAGAAUUCAGCACUCACUAAUACAUAUGAGACGCUAACAGACCUAAAACCAAAGCAGAUCUUUUCUGCCAGGGGCAUUAAGACUGAGAAAUGGAAAUGGCUGUCCCCGGAAUACUGGAAAAAAUAACUCUUCAUCUUCUUCAUCAGCUGAUACAGAUGAAUGCCUUUACAGACAUGAAUCACAGUCAUCACAAAACUACACUAACAGUCAUAAACAUGUCCAA